CUCCUCCAUAUAACGCCGCUGCCCGUCACACAGCAGAUACGGAACACAUGACCACACGCAUAGCUGAGGGAAGCCAGGCACGCAGUAGAUCCCAGACCACACGUCCCAAAUUAAGCUCCGAUGGACGAGGGCAAGUAUCAGCAGGGCUGGCUCGCCGUCGGCCUGCCGCCGGCGCCGGUGCUCGCCGUCACCGGCAUCGUGACCUUUUUCCUCUACCUUUCGUGGCAGAUGGAUGAGUUCGAGGAGCAGCUGCGCCAUCGCACCCAGGCAGGCUUCUGGGUGCUCAUGGUGCUGGGACUCCUCGCCCUGGGCGUGCUCGCGCAGCAUGUGCUGUUCGACGGAGAGGGGAGGGUCGCCGUGCCCGCGGCAUGGCGAGGCCAGCCCGAGGGCGGCUCCGGCACGUCGCCGUGGGGCGUCGCGGCCCUUGUGGCUCUGCUGCUGGUGCUUGUGUCUCACAGAUUGAGCUUGUUGUUGAAUUUGGCAAUUGGUGCAUGAUGAGGGUCAGAAUGGUAGGAGGAACUCCUGUCUAGAUGCAGAAAAAGCAUAAGGCUGGAGAUGAAGCUGAGUUCAUGGGUGAAAACAAGUGAAAUGACUUCCAUUUCGUGGUCUUAUUUGAGGAAGGGGCAGUUAUAAUGCCAAAUUUUGACACGGUCAUGCUCAAUACUACUAAAUUCUCCUCCGUCUCACAAGUAAAUCAAUAUCAAAGCUCAUAAGAUCUUGGUGGUGAAAAUAAGGAUUUUUUUUGGAGAAGUAAACUGGGGGAGAAGAUGUAUGUGUCAAAGAGAAUGUCAUUGGAGAAGGUGGUAAAAAAGUGAUGAACUAGAUCUGGUGUUUGAUUCUGGCGCAGUCGGGAAAGGUUGCAUUUCUAUUAGGAGGAAGGGGAAGAUGAGAUGAAGUCACAAGAAUCUUUAAUACCAAGUUCGAGAAGGCACGGGCUGGGGAAAGCUGGAGCAGCAAAUGGGUCCAAUGUUGUAACUGUUAGAAGAUACGAAAGGGUCAAAGGCCAGAAAGAUGGUAACAUGAUUGCACUUGCUAUGCGGAGGGAAACCUCUAAAAACAAUACACCAUAAAAGCCAAGAGAAAGGAAGAAUUGAGUAGGUGACCCUGAUGAUCAACAACGUGGUGCAAGACGACUAUGUAAGGAGCCAUGGUUGGAAUCCGUCACAGAUGCAUGAUCACUUGUUGAUAGGGCAUGUUGCCUAAUUUGGUCUUCAAAUCUUCUUCUUGAUGUAAGGGUGAUGUGAUUCAGAGGCUUUUCUAACUCUGUUGUAGUUGUUAAGUAGGAGCAAAGUUUUAAAUAGUUGGCUAUGGAAAAUAGCGGUAGAAGUGUUAGUGUGCUAAAUGGCAUUAAAUGACUUAGCAUGAUGCUCUUACAAAUGCUAGAUGGCGCUAUUUAAAACUGUGAGUAGGAGUGAUGCUUGGAUGAAGUUUCACU